AAGCAUUCUGGUCUUGAGGGCAUUAUUCCGCCUUUUCACCUCACAGCGCUCCAGUCCCGGGAUCUGGGUCCGGAGGCUACAGGGAAGAGUUUGGAACGGGAAGCUCAUCUUGCAGCUCUCUGAUUGGCUGGCUCGCACUCCACUCACGCGGCUCUCAGCUGUGAUUGGUCCGGACGGCACCCCCUUGGCGGCGAGUACUUUUUAAGCCCAGGCGUAGCACCCGGGUCCUCCCGCUUAGCUCGCGGUCUGGGCUGGCCCGAGGUAGCUCCUCUUCGGCCGUCAGCUCUGCAUCGCGGGCGCCUGGAAUUUCCCGAGUCCGAGCGGGUUGCUGCUUUGGCAAGAGGACAUUGAUGACUGAUGGUGUUUUCAUUCAACAUAAAGUGCUUUAUUGCUUUAUGGAUAGACUGAACAAAUUCAGCUAAUAAUAUUAGUGACCCAGAUUCAAGCAAUAAUAUCUUCCUCUGGAAAUAUCAAAUGGUUUUGACUGUAUUGCUGUUCUAGAGGAAGGAAGUUUGGAAGGAUUGCCAAAGACAGCCUUAAAGUAAAGAAGGCAGCAGUGGAGCACAUAGAAUCCAUGAAGCACAGAACAGUGAAGCUUCUUGUUCAAUCAUCAGAAGGAUUUCUUUGAAAGACUCAUCAGAGUAUUACCAGAAAAAUCGUUCUGAAGCAUCAUGUGUUGAAACAACCAGUUUUUUCACUAAUGGACUAACAAGAAACAGUUACUAUGUUUUCAAUUCUUUGAGCUCCAGGAAGCUAGGAGAUUGAGUUGAAAAUCUGAAGAUGCGGCCAUGGACUGGUUCCUGGCGUUGGAUUAUGCUCAUUCUUUUUGCCUGGGGAACUUUGCUGUUUUAUAUAGGUGGACACUUGGUUCGAGAUAAUGACCACCCUGAUCACUCUAGUCGAGAACUGUCUAAGAUUCUGGCAAAGCUUGAACGUUUAAAGCAGCAGAAUGAAGACUUGAGGCGAAUGGCUGAAUCUCUCCGGAUACCUGAAGGCCCCAUGGAUCAGGGGCCAGCUACAGGAAGGGUACGUGUUUUAGAAGAGCAGCUUGUUAAGGCCAAAGAACAGAUUGAAAAUUAUAAGAAACAAACCAGAAAUGGUCUGGGGAAGGAUCAUGAAGUCCUAAGAAGAAGAAUUGAAAAUGGAGCUAAAGAGCUCUGGUUUUUUCUACAGAGUGAAUUGAAGAAAUUAAAGACUUUAGAAGGAAAUGAACUCCAAAGACAUGCAGAUGAUUUUCUUUCAGAUUUAGGACAUCAUGAAAGGUCUAUAAUGACAGAUCUGUACUACCUCAGUCAAACAGAUGGAGCCGGUGAUUGGCGGGAAAAAGAAGCCAAAGAUCUAACUGAGCUGGUCCAACGGAGAAUAACAUAUCUCCAGAAUCCCAAGGACUGCCACACAGCCAGGAAGCUGGUGUGUAACAUCAACAAAGGCUGUGGCUAUGGCUGUCAGCUCCAUCACGUGGUCUACUGCUUCAUGAUUGCAUAUGGCACCCAGCGGACACUCAUCUUGGAGUCUCAGAAUUGGCGCUAUGCUACUGGUGGAUGGGAGACAGUGUUUAGACCUGUGAGCGAGACCUGCACAGACAAAUCUGGCGUUUCCAGUGGACACUGGUCAGGUGAAGUGAAGGACAAAAAUGUCCAAGUGGUCGAGCUCCCCAUUGUGGACAGUCUUCAUCCCCGUCCUCCGUAUUUGCCCUUGGCUGUGCCCGAAGAUCUCGCAGACCGACUCCUACGAGUCCACGGUGAUCCCGCAGUGUGGUGGGUGUCUCAGUUUGUCAAAUACUUGAUCCGCCCACAACCUUGGCUGGAAAAGGAAAUAGAAGAGGCUACCAAGAAGCUUGGCUUCAAGCAUCCAGUUAUUGGAGUCCACGUCAGGCGCACAGACAAAGUGGGCACGGAGGCAGCCUUCCACCCCAUCGAGGAGUACAUGGUGCACGUCGAAGAGCACUUCCAGCUUCUCGCACGCAGAAUGCAGGUGGAUAAAAGAAGAGUGUAUUUGGCCACUGAUGACCCUUCUUUACUAAAGGAAGCAAAAACAAAGUAUCCCAGUUAUGAAUUUAUUAGUGAUAACUCCAUCUCUUGGUCAGCUGGACUGCACAAUCGGUACACAGAAAAUUCCCUUCGGGGUGUGAUCCUGGAUAUACAUUUUCUGUCCCAGGCAGACUUCCUUGUGUGCACUUUUUCAUCCCAGGUCUGCCGAGUGGCUUAUGAAAUCAUGCAAACACUGCAUCCUGAUGCCUCUGCAAACUUUCAUUCUUUAGAUGACAUCUACUAUUUUGGGGGUCAGAAUGCCCACAACCAGAUUGCUAUUUAUCCUCACCAACCUCGAACUGAAGAGGAAAUCCCCAUGGAACCUGGCGAUAUCAUUGGUGUGGCUGGAAAUCACUGGGAUGGCUAUUCAAAAGGUGUCAACAGAAAACUGGGAAGAACAGGCUUAUAUCCCUCCUACAAAGUUCGAGAGAAAAUAGAAACAGUGAAGUACCCCACAUAUCCUGAGGCUGAGAAAUAAAACUCAGGUAGAAGAGAUGAACAGCCAAACACAGUUUGAACCAUUUCAGUCAACCAGUAGAUGAAGAAGGCCCUGACCUAACAGUGACAACUGGGAACCGACAGAUACUUUAUUGGUGGCGUUCCUCUUUAACAAGAGCUACGAUGCCCUCAAACCCAUGCAUAGUACAGUAAUGUACUCACACGUAACAUGCAAGCAGAUUGUUUUCUACUUUGCCCUUUCUUUAAAUAUUAUGUCCCCAUGAACCAAACACUGCCACAUUGUGUAAUUUAAGUGACACAGACAUUUUGUGUGAGAUCUCAAACAUGGUGCCUAUAUCUGAGAGACCUACGUGACUUACUGAGAAGACCGAACCAGUUCCCUGCUGUGGGGAAGCAGAUUCUUACCAGUGGUGGUGUUGUGACCACUGAAUUCACCCCAGUCAACAGAUUCAAAAUGCGAAUGGAUGGUUUUUCCUUUAUCGGAUUGUCUGCUUUUUUUUUUUUUUUUUUAAGUAAUUGCAUCAGUUCUCCCACCUCAUCAUUAAUAAAUGAAGGAUACAUCAGAAAAUAAAAUAAUUCACUCUCUACUAGGGACUUUUGUAAAAUAAUGCCAUGAACAAAUUCUUUAGUACUCAGUGUUUCUGGACAUUCUCUUUGAUAACAAAAAAUAAAUUUUAAAAAGGAAUUUUGUAAAGUUUCUAGAAUUUUGUAUCACUGGAUGGUGUGUGGUCAUAUUUAUAAUUGGACAGUGACAAAUAGAGGAGUUUUAUAGUUUUUUAGCUUCUUUACUUUUUUCCGUUUCUUGUAGAGUGACUAAUCAGGCCUUAAGUAGAAGAG